UCAAUAAUCCUUGUGUUUCUUGGCCUAUGUAUAAAUGUUAAACGUGACAGGUCACUACCUGUUCAGACGUUAACCAGAGGCCCAUGAUUAUCACACAACUUUAACUGUCUUUCAAGGAAUACUUUACUGAGAAGUGGUGUCGAUGAUGAGACUGAAGGCAACAGAAUUAUUCUUCGCUUUCUUGAAGUGGGACAGAACGACCGAUCGUCUUUCUAGUUUCUUGAGCGUCUACGAUCCUUUGCCACGGCUGUGUUUGUUUCUGAUGCGCCCAAUGAAGUCGUGCCCAGUGUCAAACUGAUCAAUUCUAUAGCAUGAUAAGAUGACGAAAAACAACAAAAGUGCUGCUACCAUCCGAAGAAGAAAGCUACGACCUAAACAAGAUGACCUUCAAAGGGUCCGAGAGAGUAACCAGAGCUCCCCGAUUCAGAGUGAGGAUGAAGGAAGAGAGGAAGAUGACUGCCACAUGUUUGAUGAUGAAGUGCUGGGACCCAACAUUGUCAAGAAGAUAAUGGCGUCUGAGAGGACUCUAUUCCUCGGGCUGCUGGCGUUGCGCAUCACGAACUCACUGCUGAUACAGACGUUCUUUGUUCCUGAUGAAUACUGGCAAUCCCUGGAGGUGGCCCAUAACAUGGUCUUCCACUACGGCCACUUGACGUGGGAAUGGCGGGAGGGUAUUCGUGGCUAUACCUACCCUCUCUCCUUUGCCCUGCUGUACAAGUUCCUCCACAUCUUCGGACUGGACAACAGAGUGAUGCUGAUAAAGUUACCGAGGAUGUUGCAAGGCGUUAUAGCGGCCUGUGGUGACCUCUAUCUGUAUCGGCUGUCCCGCAUGCUGUGUGAUCGCCCAACAGCGCAGUGGACGCUGCUGUGCCAGACGCUGUCAUGGUUCACCCUAUACUGUGCUACACGCACACUCACUAACUCCACCGAAGCUGUGCUGGUUACUAUGGCACUAUAUUACUAUCCCUGGCCAAAGAGCCCGCAAACAUCAUCUCUGAGUAAAUUCUUGGUGCUGGCUGCACUGUCAGUGAUUGUGCGGCCCACAGCGGCCAUACUGUGGGUUCUGCUGUGCUGUUGGCAUCUUCAGCUGAAUCGAGCAUCGUUGCCGACGCUCAUCAAACAGUACAUACAAAUAGGGCUAGGUGUGCUAGGUUUUGCGACAAUGAUAGACCACAUCUUCUACGAUCGCUGGAUAUUUGUACAGUUCCGGUUCCUGCAGUUCAACGUACUCAAAGGAGGAAGUGCAUUCUACGGUUCACACCCGUGGCACUGGUACCUUACACAGGGCUAUCCAGUUGUCAUGGCAACACAUAUACUUCCUUUCAUACUAGGUGCUUGGAAGGCUAAAAACAAAGUGUUGCUUUUUGUCAUUUUAUGGACAAUAUUUAUAUACAGUUUCCUGUCUCACAAGGAGUUCCGCUUUCUGCUGCCGAUUCUUCCAAUUUCCAUGCACUACUGUGGAGUGUACUUUCAAUCUCUAUGCAAACGGCCAAACCUCAAAAAACGAAAAUCAAAGAAAACUAAACACGGAGGUGAUGAGGAUUUGAAUGAAAGCUUUAACAGCAGCACCAGCAUGUCUGACACAACAGACAACCAGUCGCUGCUCCAGCCAGAGAAACAACCGUCGCCCUCCAAACCUGCUGACCUUGACCCAGAGGUCAGGAGGGUACAGCAACACAGAGCCAACCUGUCAAAGGCCAAGAUUAUUGUAUUGAUCCUGAUCGUGACAAACAUUCCAAUGGCUCUGUAUUUCUGUCUCAUUCACCAGCGGGGAACGGUGGAUGUCAUGAAAUUCGUCCAUGAUGCCAGUAUAGAGAAAAACGUGGACGUGUUGUUCCUGAUGCCAUGUCAUUCCACCCCAUAUUACAGCUACAUCCACCGCAACAUCUCCAUGAGGUUUCUCACGUGUGAGCCCAACCUACAACAGCUUGACAACUACACGGAUGAAGCGGAGGUGUUUUUCCACGACCCAUUGAGAUGGCUGAAGACUGAAUUCUCAGGCACACGGGUCUCAUGGCCGUCACACAUCAUCUACUUCAGCCCUCUUCAGGGUACAGUUGGAUCACUGCUGAAUCAAAAUGGCUACAAGCAAUGUGCCCGAUACUUUCAUACACAUCUCCCUGAAGGGAGAGUGGGGUCCCAUGUGCUGGUCAGUUGUAGGUGAUGAAUGGGAUUUGAACCUCAUGGAGAUAAGUGAUGUUUUGAGUUCUGUAUGUGAUAUUCAUCUUGUAUUGUGAUGUAGGGGAGAUAACUGCCGUAUUGUCAUGUAAGGGAGAUAAGUGAUAUGCUAGUUUGUUUAGGUUCAACAUAAUCAUUUGUUCUGCUCAGAACACUGCUGUGUUGAAUUCAAAUAUUAAAGCUAUCUGGUGAAAUGAGUCAAGUAUGGGAGGUAACUGCUGUAUUGUAUCAAGUAUGGGAGAUAACUGCUGUACUGAGUCAAGUAUGGGAGAUAACUGCUGUAUUGUAUCAAGUAUGGGGGUAACUGUUGUAUAGAACCAUUUGGGGAGAUAACUCCACUAUCAGGUCAUAUAUUGGUUAUUAGAAAAAUGGGAAAUAUUUCAACUGUCUUGUACAACAUAAAUAAGACGAAAUCUGCAUGGAUUAUGUGAGAAAGAUAUUAACUGCAUUAAACCAAUAUUAUCUUAAAAUUUGUAAUUUGUCUUAUUAACUUAAAACCUGUCAAUAUAUAUCUAAUCUAAAUCUGGCAUAAAGCUGGAAUAUUGCUGAAGGCAGCAUAAGAAAACAAAUGAACAAUAGCCAUCCCUGAUACAUAUUGUACCUCUUACAGUCUUUGAAUACCCAAAGUUUAUCUCUUACAACUCAUUUCAUCCCAUUGUAAAUGUCAUCUGUGGGGAUGGAAAACCUGUACAACGUCAGUACUAAUGGAAGGUGAAGAGUACUGUGACUAGGGCAGCUUAUUUCUCAAGAAAAUAUUUCCGAUGGCAUUGAUUAUUAGGUAAGACUACAGAAUACCGGAUACCUUCCGCCAUCUUUGAAA